UGGGCCCACGUCUCUAUAAACUCGUAUGAAACCAAAAGACGGGUCAUUCUCACUCUCAUUGAACAACUCAUAAACCCUUUUCUCGUCCUUUUCUUCGUUCUCUUAUGUAACCCGAAUUACAAGGAGUCAAGGAACAACAAAAAAAGAGGGAGAAACGUUAUAGACAAUCUGGGCAACAAAUAGAUUCUAGCCAAAUUUCUCUAAUUAAUUGCCUAAAUUUAAUCCUUAAAACCAUAUAUUUUUAUCGAUUUUUCAAAGAAACAAUCGGGAAUUGCAUUGUAACGAUUUGAUUAUAAUUUUUAAUAAUCCAGUUAAUUAUUGAAGAUUAUUAGAUUUCUGGGUGCGUUAAAAGUCAUGGAGGAUGCGAAUAAAAUUCUGUACAUGGUGGUGGUUGAUAAUGAAGAAAAUGAUAAGAAAUUUGUCGGGAAAGAGUCUUUCCGAUAUACGCGCUCUGUUCUUCAGAAUACUCUGCAAUUUAUGGGGUGUAAAUCUCGUUAUGCAGUCAAGAUUAGUAAGAGGGUCUUUGGAAGUAUGCAAAAUCAAAACUCGGAAGAUGGCAAGGAUAGUGUAGGAAGAUUUACAGAUAAUUGUCUGGUGAAAUCAGAAGGUAAAAGUUCGUCUUCUGAGUCUUACAAAAAGCGCACAACUGUGUUCAUCAGCAGGGACAAGUUCUUGGACAUUGUAUGUGAUGCUCUGGCUGAAUAUAAAUACGUUGGUCCCAACCAAAGGAAAGAUUUGAUUUUGGCUUGCAGGAUUCGAGAAAAAAAGGAGUCUCUAACCGUCUUGUUAUGUGGCACUAGUGGAUGUGGAAAGUCAACAUUGUCUUCGAUUCUGGCUAGUAAAUUGGGUAUUACAACUGUCAUAUCCACAGAUUCUAUACGGCACAUGAUGAGGAGUUUUGCGGAUGAGGAAAAGAAUCCACUUUUGUGGGCUUCAACGUAUCAUGCGGGGGAUUGUUUGGAUCCUAUUGCUGUUGCAGAAGCGAAAGCUAGAAGGAAGGCUCGGAAAAUGGCUGGGAUAUCAUAUUCCGUUUUUAAAGAGAAAAGUUGUGAUUGCGUUAAAGAUGAGAAAUGCAAUUGUGGCCUGCAACCGGAGACAGUUGCAAACAGUUCAGAACCAAUCAUAAGUCCAAAACAAAUGGCUAUUGAGGGAUAUAAAGCCCAAAGUGAAAUGAUCAUCGAGAGUCUUGAACGUCUGAUUACUUCAUGGGAAGAAAAGAAGGAAUCCGUUAUCAUUGAAGGGGUACAUUUAACUCUUAAUUUUGUGAUGGGGCUAAUGAAGAAGCAUCCUUCGAUAAUUCCAUUUAUGAUAUAUAUAACAAAUGAAGAUAAACACGUGGAAAGAUUUGCAGUUCGUGCAAAGUACAUGACCCUAGAUCCUUCAAAGAACAAAUAUGUGAAAUACUUCCGAAACAUUAGGAGAAUACAAGAUUACCUAUGCAAUCGAGCAGACAAGCAUCUUGUGCCGAAAAUUAACAAUACAAAUGUUGACAAAAGUGUUGCAGCUAUCCAUGCCACAGUGUUCAGCUGCCUAAGAAGGCGCGAAGCAGGGGAGCCCCUUUACGAUUUGAAUACCAACACUGCGGGUCCCAUUUACGAGGAAUACAGGAGCCAUUGUGCAGCACAUUCGUGGAGCUCAAAGGGAAUAUUUCAGUUGAUCCAAAGGAAGGGAUCAUCACGGCAUCUGAUGGCAGUUGUCAAUGAUGACGGCUCCAUUGCAAAAGCAUGGCCAGUCGACGCCACUGACAAUAGUGGAACACCAAUGUAUGAAUCAUUGCAUAUUGGCAAGGCAGAACCUGUGAAUGUUCACUUCGGUCAUUUUGGAAUAAGUGCUUGGCCGAGCAAUAGCGAGGCAACUAGUCAUGCUAGCAGCUUUGAUGAAUCUAGAACGGAUUGGACUUGCACCGAGAGUAGCAGUAGAUGUUACUCUUCCUGCUGCAGCUCUCCGCGCUUAUCUGAUGGACCUGCUAAAUGGGUUAAGGGGGGAAUAUCAGUUUCUGGCAGUGAUGAAGAAGUUGAUGAUCUUCCCGAGUUAGACAGCGAUGAAGAACUUAGUGAUUGUGACAAACAUACACAUGAAGACGAGAUUGAAGGAUCUGUGGAUGAGGAAUCAGCAAAGUCAGAUGAGUACGAUGAACAAGAGAAUGAUUACAGCGACGUGGAGUACCCGGAGAAUUUAACAUUCUUUUUGCAUAAUACCAACAAUAGUAGCAACAAAGGCGACAAAAUUUCUCCGACAGUUCACAGGUAUUUAAGAGCUCAGAGCGAGCCUUUAACCGAACAGAACUUAAACUCUUUCUUACUUGAGGAGAGGACUGAGAAGAAGGUCAUGCGGUAUUCAUAUUCAAGCAAUAAUAUAAGGGUGAAAAAACCCUCGAGUUUUUCAGAUGCCAUAUAGCAAACCAUGCUACAAAAGCUGCUCAUCAUAUCUCCGGAGCCUCUCUAAGGUCGAAUAACAGCUUUGUUUACAUCUUUGUUCUCACUUUCUCUUCUCGGGAAAACAAGGGUCAAAUUGCUUUCGAUUCUCGAUUUUGAUCUUCAUCGAGUGUAUACUGUAACAAUGAUUAACUAACUUUAGCUCAUGAGUUGAGAAACUUAGUUUUAUGGUUGUAUAGUUUGAAAGUUUUGUUUUAACUUGUAGGUAAACCGUUUUUUGUUUAAACCAUGUAUCUUUUAUUCAUGUGAAACGGUAAAUAAUGUUUGUUAUCAACGAAAACAAUCUCUUUGUUAUCACCAACAA